AUGGCUGCUAUCUUUGAGACCCUGCCUGUCGAGAAGUUCUGUGGAAUAUCGGAACCCCUAAAGCGGCCAAGGGAAAUUGCUUGUUUUUCUUACGACGAAUGGCACCGUUUUCGACUUGAUGACUCUGGCCUCCGUUACUACUAUCCUCCAAAAUUACCGGUAGACCUAAAGGCAGGCUUUGACACCUUUAUACAACGUGAUGAAUCGGAAGAUAAGCAUCUCAAUGCGCUCCUUGACACUAUUAUCGCGACCGAAAAGGACAAAGGGAGGAAAUACGAUAUGGACUUUGUUACAUGGAGAGGAAUGAUGACCAAGUGUGCUUCCCCUUUUCCUCCGAGUUGUAAAGAUAUACUGACAUCUUCGCCUUUCCAAAGGGCCAAAUGUGAGACUCUGCUCUAUCUAACCAUUACCACUGGCAGUGCGCUCACCAAUGACCCCCUUGAUAUGCUAGAUUUAUUGAAGAGUCUCACUCUUACCACCUUGAGCAACUUAAAGAACAAUCAAACAGAAGAAGAGACAAUCGAAGCUAGGGAAAGUGACGUUGUGAAUAACAAUCCACAAUAUUGCUCGCUUGUCCGCACGGGAAUUGGAAAUAUAAGGAUGCUUCUUGCUGGAGAGGUCGAUGCAGUGUGGGACUGCAAGCCCGACAAGAAAGACGACCCUAUCAAUUGGGUGGAGCUCAAGACAUCUGCAACAAUACGACAUGCAAACGACGCUAUAAAUUUUGAGCGCAAGCUUCUCAAGUUCUGGGUCCAAUCAUUUCUCCUCGGAGUUCCAAAAAUAAUAGUCGGCCGGCGUGACCAGGAUGGUUAUCUCCUAGCAAUUGAAGAGUAUACUACCGAUGAGAUUCCCAAUAUUCCCAAAAGAGGGGCAAAUACAUGGGAUGCAAACACGUGUAUUAACUUUGCCUCUCAGUUUCUGACUUGGUUGAAGACAAUCGUGAACUCGGAAGGGGUUUGGAAAAUUCGAAAGGCCGCCAAGUCUGGUCAGAUUGAAGUGCUUAAAACCCAAGAAACUGGCCAUGGAAACAUUCUGACCCCCGAAUUUGUCGAAUGGAGAUCGCAAGGGUAG